CACUGACAUUAAAAAGAGUCACAAAACAUCUAAAGCUUUACACUUUAAACACUUUCUCUAACACUCCACACACACUCCACACACACUCCACACACACUCUCUAUACACUCUAUACAGACUCUACACAGGACAUCAGCAGAUCUUUCAGCAAAGACAUGGAGUUCAAACUGAUUGUGGCGCUUGUGUUGGUCUGUGUUCUGGGUCACAUGACCAGAGUCAACACUCUGACUGUGACAGCUCUUCAAUCCAGCAUCACUCAGAGUGGCUGUGGAAGCUUGAAGACGUGUAUGUCGAGUCCCACAAACUGCAACCCUGUAGGAAACUCCAGCUGCUUUUUCAGCUCAAUUCUACUAAACAACCAAAGUGCCAUCUUUGAGCUCAGUGGGACGACAUCAGGAUACGUGGCGCUGGGAAUCAAAGGAUGGACCCAAACCCAGGACACCACUACCAUGUUCGUCUGCGGAAACAAUAACGGCAGUUUCUUUUUCAAUACCAUGACUCAAAAUGGCACAGCGAUCACAACUGCCAAUGUGUCUACUGUAUACAGUGUUCAGGGAUCUGUGACACAAAACCAGAGCCUCAUUCAGUGUUCCUUCAACACCUCCGCCAUUCUGAACAUCAGCACAACCAGCAACAUCAUUAUCAUCAACAUCGCCACCUCUAACUUCACCAUCAUGAAUGGAAGCACAAAGGGAAUAAUUCUGGGAAACGCAGCUGCAAUAUUUUCCCCCAUUACACCAGUGUGGCCGACCACCAGCCCUGUGACCACCACCUCCAUCUCCGGGAGCAGCACAAACAGCACCAUGAACAACACCAACAUCUCCGGGAGCAGCACAAACAGCACCAUGAACAACACCAACAUCUCCGGGAGCAGCACAAACAGCACCAUGAACAACACCAACAUCUCCGGGAGCAACACAAACAGCACCAUGAACACCACCAACAUCUCUGGGAGCAACACAAACAGCACCAUGAACACCACCAUCAUCUCCGGGAGCAACACAAACAGCACCAUGAACACCACCAACAUCUCCGGGAGCAACACAAACAGCACCAUGAACACCACCAACAUCUCCGGGAGCAGCACAAACACCCCCUCACUGAAUUUCUCCCGUACCGGCUGUGGCAGCUUUAAGCUGUGCCUCCUCAACCAGCCUUCGUGCACCCCUACAGCAUCUGGCUGCUUUUUCGCUUCAGCUAGAAUGGUCAAUCAGACGUUCCUGUUUGAGCUCAGUGGCAGUACGUCUGGGUACGUCGCCCUGGGACUCACCAAACAGGGUUCCACUUAUGUGUUCGUCUGCGGCAACAACACCAGCAACAACAGUUUUUUCUUCCAGACGGCCACUCGGAACGGCACGAUGCUCACUGCUGCCAAUGUGGCUACUGUGUACAGUUAUCGGGGUCUGCUAGCGAACGGUUCUGUUCAGUGCGUCUUCAACACCAGCACCAUCUUAGGCAUCAGCACCAAAUCUAAUGACACCUCGUACAACGCCACCAUCCUCAGCGGCUCCACUUACGGAACAAGUCUGGGAAAUUCAACCACACAGUUCAGCACCAAUACAGCAAUAGAUCUGUCAGAUCCCACCGCCCUGACCAUCUCCACCACCCAGAGUCCCACAACCACAUCUGGAAGCAGCAGCAGCUCUGCAAUCAGUAUCUGGACUCAUGUGUGUGCCAUGCUGCUGAGUGUCAUGAGUCUUCACUUCACCACUUCAUACAGUCCAUGAAGUAGGAAAUAAUUGUGUGUGUGUGUGUGUGUGUGUGUGUGUGUGUGUGUGUGUGUGUGUGUGUGUGUGUGUGUGUGUGUAUAUAUAUGAAGUCAGCAGUAGUUGGCUAAAUGGGACCAUGAAGUGAAGAUGAAUAUCCAGUAUACAGCUCUGUGUUUUGUAAAUCGUCUGCAAAAAAAAGAGUUUUAUCUGAAAUGUUACAUAUUUUAAAAUAAUAUAUAAAUAUACAUAUUAACAUAAAUAUAUAUAUAUAAACUGUAAAUAUGAUGAAAUGAACGACACUCCAAUAGUCUUCUGCUGAUCGUUAAUCAGAGAGCAGAUCAGAAUAUGAUUCAGGAUGUAAUUUCUAUGAGAUAUAUAUAUAUAUAUGGGAGAUAUAUAAAUAUAUAUAUAUAUAUAUGCAGUAAUUGUUUUGUUUAAUGACUUGUGCUCAUUCAUUUUUUAUUCCUGAAAUAUUUGCACUCUGUUUUAUAUUUUUUAAACAGAAUGUAAAACAAUGACACUUUUCUAACCGCGCUCAAUUCUUUCCUGCUACACUUCAGAUCUGGUCUGAGGUGAUGAUUAAAGUCUGUCUUGUUUAUUGGCAAAAGAAAA